CCCAAAAAGGGCAAAGAUCAUGUUGGUGGCGCAUGAACAAAGAAAAUAGAACUCGGCCGAUAAAAAGGGAAAAAGCUUUUUGGUAAAUCAUUAUGCUUACGCUAAACACACUUGAAACGGGAUCAGGGAUUCUUUCUUUUUCUUUUUCUUAAACUUUGAAACAAUUUUUUUUUCUUUUUAGUUAUUAAAACAGUAGAAUGCUACGACGCAAUGAUUUCUUCUUUACCCAAUGAGUUACUUUUUAUGGUCUUGGACCAUCUCGAUUACAAAGACAUUGUUUGUUUGCAAACCAGUGUGGGUCAUGACGUUUGCCCUCCGUUAGCAUCUGCUAUUUCUGUAUAUAUUCAACAAAAUUACAGCUUUCACUAUCGUAUAUCUACCAUCUUACACCUCUUUGAAGCCAUUCUCACUCCUAGUGAGCGUCAAUCGGAGGAAACAAAGCAAUCUUUGGCUAAUCGAGUUCUGCAAACCAUUUGCCAGCUAGUAGAAAAGUUACCCAAAUUUGAACACCGUAAUGAGUUUACAAAAUUGUUAGAUAUUGUUCAACAGUUAGUGAUUCAGAGAAUAUUAGAUACCCAUUUAAAGGCAGGCUUAGAAUAUGAUUAUGCAAAUCUAUGUCUUGAGAUACGAACUAUUUAUUUACAUACACCUUCCAUCCGAGUGCUUCAUGAUCCUAAAUAUAGACGACGAAGCACGAAACAUCCAUUAGCACCCUUUCUACCAAGAGAUUAUACCAGUAUUUGGCGAGAGCAUUGUGCACGUUAUAACGAUACAAAGGCUGCUGACGUACAUCCAAUGCAACAGCAACGAAAAAUACAUGCACGAUUCGCUUCAUUCUUUGGUAGUUUGUUUGAUGUCACAAGUCUUUAUUUGGAAUCCAAUCUGGAUGGUACUUUUGAAGAAUGUGCCAGAGAAGCGUUAGUGACUGGCAACGUAGAAGAUUUGCUGAUACUGUGUGUAGCAGCAGAUAAGCCUGUAGAUGUCGAUGGCAUGUGCAUGAUGGUUCACCAAGCAGGAGAGCAAUUGCGCCAUUAUUUAGAAACCAUGGAAACCUACAUCACAACAGACCCAUCGCCAGAGCAAGAGCUGCGGUUAAGGCAGCAACAGCAACAACAACAACAACAGCAACAGCAAGAAACAACAGAGAUCAAUCAUGACGUCUAUCAUAGUCCACCUGACUGGCUUAUACCCAAUCGAUACAAGGUUGAACCAGAUACUGUUCUACGCUUGAAGUUGAUGAAUAAUUUGUACAAGAAAGGCUGGCAUUGGUUUCAAUAAAAGUUUUUGUCAUUAUCGUGAUGUAAUAAGAAUUACUAUGCCCCCGUGGAUUCUUCCUUUGUGUAUUUUAUGUGUGUUUUAAAGUCAUUCCGCUGAGGAAUAUCAUUUGAGCAUUAAUGGGGUACUUUUCUAAACCGAUGAAAAUCCCGAGCCAAUCAAUGAUAUGUAAACUUUCUAUUGUCGGCAUUAAAGUAGAAACUCAUCAGCUCGGUUUUGACAGGCUCUUUUUUU